AAUAAUGCGGCGUGGUUUGUGGCGUGUCCAUUACAAACGGUUUACGUCGAUCGAAAGAGUGUUAAUUAUUUUUAUUUAUUUUUUAAUCAUUUAUACUUGAUAGAAACGACUGGAAACGUAUAUUUUGGUUAUUUUAAAGCGAAAUCUAUCGGUCGUAAGCGAUGCCAAGACGAAUACGUUUCGUUGAUGAUUUUAUAAUACCUCAUUUGAAGGGUAAAACUUUUGGAAAAUUAUUAGAAUGGCACGACGAAGAAGAGGGAAUUUUUAAAGUUUUGUGGACUCAUAAAAGUCGUGCAGAUUGGAAGAAAGAAUAUUUUAAAGUAUUUGUUGUUAAACGAGUGAAAUGGGAGUAAUGUCGUCGGUGUCUGUCGCCACGUUGACGUCGGAAGCGAUCCUGCGACUCCUUUUGACAGUUUUCGCAACAUAAAGGGGCUUUAAUACAGUAAUUCCCAAACCUUUUUCACCCACUGCUGCUUUGGUUUCAUAAACUUAUACCGAUGCUCCCCAAUUGUAUCCUAAUGUCCCAACCCAUUUUCCCUUAUAUGGAAAAGGCUUGGAAAUAUUCUUUGAGAAGCUCUUCUGCCGACCUCGCACUUUCUGUUCUUCCCGUAGCAUGGAGUAAAGUAAAUAAUUUGUUUGAUGAAAACGACCUUGAAUGUUAUACAAAAGCCAAAGGUCGCUUCAGAUCUUCAUUAUACAAAUCAAAAGAGAAAAUUUUGCCUAUGAAAACAUCGAAGAAAUCCAAAUACAAACUUUAUCAAUUGCAAAAGUUAAAUAAAAGUAAACAAAGAAAACAGUUAAGCAUUCAGGAUUCUUCUUAUUUUUCCAAUGAUGAUGAAGAUGAAGGAUGUGUAUUGAAAACAGAGGAAGAUAAUUUAAAUGUUCUAGUAAAUAACACAGCACCUGCAUAUAGUCAGACUGAUAUAUUGAAUAAAAAUAAUGGACAAGAAAUUAAAAAUCAACUGAGUCCUUUAUCUAAUUAUUGCUCAGGAAAUGAAGAUAUUUCUGAUGUUGAAAGCUUAUUAGAAUAUCAUAAAAGUGGAAAUUCCAAUCUCCAAGAUCAAAGUUCUCCAAUUAUUCAAAUUAUUGGAGAUACAAUAUGCAUCAAUCAGUUGUUGCAUGAAAAUGGAGAAAUGCAAAUAAUAGAUUCUCCACUUUUGGUUAAUAAUAAGUUAAUAAGCAAUACUGAAAACUUCAAUCAGAAUAUAGAAAAUGUUUCUAAUACAGAUUUACUUGUCGAUCAAGUGAAAAGUGACCCUAUUCAGCUGUUGAACAGUUCGAGUGGAUUUGACUCCAUGGACGAUAUGAACUUGGAUGAUUUCUCUCCGUUAUGGAGUGUUGAGAAAAUGAUAUUUCCAGAAUUGGAAAGUAAGUUUUAUUUAAUGUAUUGUUGUAGGUUAUAUAAUAAUAUUUUUCAAAAAAUAGUUACAAAUAAUCAGAGGUGUAUUAAUAAGAUUUUGUUAUGGGGGUGAUCUGAUAGAAUGAUGUAAAAAGUAGAAUUAGAAUGGAGAAAAAUUAAAUGCACUGUGAAGUACCAUUUAUUUAUAAAUAAAUUUUAUUUGUUAAAAAAAUAUUUUUUUUGUGAACUUUUCAGUUUAAAUUUUAAUUUUAAAGCUUCUGGGAUCUAACACCCUGUAGUGUUCAGCAUGACAAGAAUAAAAAACAGGUAUAACAUAAAGAAGAAAACUUUAUUUUAUAUAGUAUGAACACAAUAAAAAAGAUCAGGUCCCAACUCUGGUACAUUGUUAGUGAAUACUUUUAUACAACAGUAUAGUAUAAUCAGAUUUAUUACACAAAAGGAUCUUCUCAACCACUUUUCAGGAUCCACACAUAUGAGGUUCAAAUCACAAAAGUAUACACAAAGAUCAGCCGUGCUUAAAACUACCUUACAAACUGUUUUAACUGUAAUUAAUGCUAAAAGAGGGAAGCGAUGCUAAAGAGAGAGAUUUUUUAAGAAAGAAGUCUUAGAAAAGGGGUACCCGUACAGUGGUGAUAUUCGAAAUAUUUAACAAAGGGUUCGCUAACAGAAAAUUUUUCCUUAACAAUUUUUUUUUCGCUCAAAUGCUGCAUUAGCAACAUUAGCGCAAAA